UUUGUUUGAGGUGUGGCUCAGAAACAACCCAGUCCUGGAACUGUUCAGGACUUCCAUGUUCAUAACCCAGGGAACUUGGCUUUGGCAGAUUGGGUUCGUGCUACAGGAUACCUCCAUCUGGGACCACAAUGACCCAGAGACCAACGUAUUUAUGGCCAUAUGCUACUCUUGGCAUUAUGCUAGUGUCAUUCUCUUCCUCGCCUUUACCUAUGGCAUUGUCUACUGGGUUCUUCGGAUACUGAAAGGAAACUGUGAAGAAGGAAUGAAAAUGCAGAAGUUCAUCCAAGCAGACACAAAGACCUACACUGCUCUUUUGAAUGGAUCUGAUGAAGAAUGA